GAGAGUGCGACUGCGAGUGAGUGUGAGUGUGAGUCUGAGUGCGCGCUUGUGUGAGCGAUUGAUUAAACAAAAGGCAUUUGGUAACCUAGGCCAACUGGAAUUAUAGAGACCACCCCACCAAUACAAGUGACUUAAAAUCAAAUCAAAUAUAAUGGGCUGCAACACCAGCCAGGAGCUGAAGACGAAGGAUGGCGCCGCCAUCGACGCGGUCAGCAACGGGGAGCCGGAGCCGAGUGCCCCGCAAAUGGAGAGCGAAGGUCUUCAGUCCUCCGCAAAGUCCUCAAACAAUCAUACAAAUCACGCCAAAUCAAAUUCAAUUACCUCCAAUGGCGAUGCCAAGGCGCCGAACGUCGGCGGCGGCGGUGGAGGAGGCGCCUCAUCCGAAGCAACAAAUGGCAUUGAUCGUCCCUUCGAUAAGGCGGCAAUCACGGAACUCGACGACGAUGAGGACGAAGCAAAAGCCGCAACAAAAAUUCAAGCCGUCUUUCGAGGCCACAAAGUGAGAGAAACCAUGAAAAAAUCGGAAACCAAAACUGUGACCAACAAUGGGGCCGCCGCAAGUGCUGCAGGAGUCGAGGAGGCAGCCGGCUCCUCGGCAGAACAGACCAAGGCAGAGCUCGAGGCUGAGUUUGAUCCGAACGACAAAGAGCUCUGCCAUGCAGCACUGAAGAUUCAGUCCACAUUCCGUGGCCAUUUGGCACGCAAGCUGGUCAACAAGGACGCGCCCGAGGACGAGGACAUCCAGGAGAUAACCAAGAAGGUGGCCGAGGAAUUGGACAUAGAUCUGACCGAUCCGGAGUUGAACAAGGCCGCCACCAAGAUCCAGGCCUCGUUCCGCGGCCACAAGACACGCAGGGACACCCAGCCCGAAUAAGGGAAUCACCAUUUGAAUUUUGUUGGUCAUGGCUUAAAGGAAUGCAAGUCACUGAAAAAAUAUAGAAAAAUAUAAAUGAAAAAAAAAAACAAGAAAAAAACAACAAAAAAUUGGUAAAUUGUAAAUGUGCAAAAGGCCGAUCGAGACGAGGGCACACAGUUGUAAUCUUUUAAGUGAAUGUACGUUUAACUAAAUGGAAAACCAAAGAAAAUCUCAUAAUAACUAUACAAUACAUAUUAGCUACCAUAAGGAUGAUUUUGCUUAGCUUUAAAGAGCUGAAGGGAGCAUUGUUUGAUUUUCGGGCUUUUCUUGCUAGUUGAAUGUUUCUCAAUUAAUCGGAAAAACUGAGUUAAUUAAUAUUUAAUUAAAUUUAAUUUCGGUUUUCGAACUUAGGAUCUACCAAAGCAAUCCCAAAACAGUAACUAAACCUUAACUAAAGCUAACUAAAAACUAAAAACGUUUAAAGAAAACAAGUUAAAUUUGCAAAGUAAUACUAAAUGUUACAAUAACAAAAAUGGUAAUGGUAAUUAAAGGCACGAUGUUCCAUAAAAUAAACAUUUAUUGUAGACAAAUCGACAAAUGCAAGGAAAAUGCUGAACAAAUUUUUGGGAAAACAUUUUUCCGUUUUGUCUGGCCAAAGCCAAAAGUCAAAGAAAUUUAAUUGUACCUACAUGAAGAUAUAUAAAAACAUAAACAUAAACACGAAGAACAUGAAUUAUAACCGAUGAAACUCGAUGUUGUUGUUUCACAUUAGGGGUAUCCGAGCAACAGGAAGCAGCUACGAAACGUCAACACAAAAACAAUUUUUCAGCCUCUGGGCUCUCUAUAUAUAUACAUAUAUAUACGAGUAUGUAUGGAAACUGAUGGAUGGAUAAACCAAAGCAAAUCGAAAGGCGAUAACUAAUCUGGUGGCACAAUUUUCGUUUUUCUACCAAGGGUAUUACCAAUUUGUCUACUUAACAAGAGAA